AUGCGACUCUCUUUGAAGCAACUCUUUCAACAGAUCAGCGCCGUCGGGUGUGCGAAUGGAUUGGCCGGAAGACAACUCGGCUGUGAGUCGGCUGCUCACGUGCUACAGAACUCCUCUCUACUUAAACAGUGCCGAAUCCCAGUCAAAUGGGAAGCAAUCGUGAAAGAGGUGAACUCGGGACGGCACUUGGAUGCGAUGCCCGGCGUGAGAGAGACAAUGCGCAAGCUAGCCGAUCAGACCCGGGAAACGAUCAAGAAGGAGGGUGAAGUACUUGUGGUGGCCGGCGAUCACUCAUCAGCCAUCGGCACCUGGAGUGGAGUGUCGACAGCGAUGAGAGACGUCGGAGAGAUCGGACUGAUUUGGAUUGACGCACAUAUGGACGCCCACACUCCAGCAACUUCAGGCACGGGGAAUAUUCACGGAAUGCCAGUGGCUCAUCUUUUAGGCUAUGGUGACAGUCAUUUGGCCUCAAUUGGCGACAACUUCCCAAAAAUCCGUCCUGAGAACCUCUGCCUUGUCGGGAUUCGGAGUUUCGAGCCAGCUGAGCAGCAACUUCUUGAUUACCUCGGCGUCCGGGUUUUCUUCAUGGAAGAAGUGGAAAGACGGGGAAUCGCUGAAGUGAUGCAAGAGGCGCAUCAUCAUGUCACGAGGCAAACCUCGGCUUUCGGCAUGUCGAUCGACAUUGACGGCUUUGACGUGGCAGACGCACCGGCUGUGGGAACUCCGGAGAAAGACGGAAUCCGUGCCGACGAGUUUUUGCAAGCGCUUCUCCGGCUAGACUUGAGAGGAUUGAUCGCCACAGAGAUCGUCGAAUUCUUGCCGAAAUUCGAUGACGCCCACAAAACGAGCGAGAAACUCGUGGUGAAUCUGAUCGAAACGAUUUAUCAAACGAAAUUCUUCCAAACCCAAGCAACGGAGUCGAUUUUGCGACGAGCGCACUCA